AUGGACAAGCUGGCCAUUGAAGCAUGGCUGAAGGAACAUCCCCACCCAGGUUUCACACCAACCAUCAUCAAGGAUCCCUAUGCACGAAAAGAUCUCUCGUCCACUUCUUUGUACCCCACGUUGGGUCUCGAUACAACACUGCCUCAGUUUCGACCUGGACCAGCUAUAGCGCCCCGCCCUUCACAGAACGAGUAUCCAGUCUGGUAUUUCUUCUACGGGACGCUUACUGAUCCAUCUGUUCUGUUGAAACUACUUGGUCCCGACUUCCAGGCCCGAUGCUCUGUGGCCAAUAUUCGUGGUGGAGCUUUGAAGACUUGGGGAAGAUGUAAUGCCUUGGUUGACGAUCCAAUAGGCACCAACUUAGUCUUUGGAAAAGCGCUUCUUAUUGAGUCUCGAGAACAAGAGGAACGACUGCGGGCAUAUGAGACGAGUGCUUAUGAAGUGGUUCGAUGCAGUAUAGAGAUGGGUUCGGAUAUGCCUGUAGAUGGUUUGACCUUUCGAUUUGUUACAGACAAGUUGGGGUAG